CGCGUGCCUUGUUUGGGUGUGGCUUGAACGCGGGCUGAUUGCCUCUUUCACAGCUCCAGCGCGCCCUGCGGGAGCCUGCGGUUUCCACCCCCAACCGGUUCAGUGCUGCCCUCUGCGAUCAUGUCCAAGUCUCUGAAAAAGUUGGUGGAGGAGAGUCGGGAGAAGAACCAGCCGGAAGUGGACAUGAGUGACCGCGGCAUCUCCAACAUGCUGGACGUCAACGGCCUGUUUUCCUUAUCCCACAUCACACAACUGGUCCUCAGCCACAACAAGCUAACAACUGUGCCAGCAAACAUAGCAGAACUGAAGAAUUUGGAAGUGCUCAACUUUUUUAAUAACCAGAUUGAGGAGCUGCCCACACAGAUCAGCAGCCUUCAAAAACUGAAGCACCUGAACCUCGGCAUGAAUAGAUUAAACACUUUGCCUCGAGGAUUUGGCUCUCUCCCAGCUCUUGAGGUCCUUGAUUUGACUUACAACAACUUGAAUGAAAAUUCCCUUCCUGGAAACUUCUUCUACCUGACCACCCUGCGUGCACUCUAUCUAAGUGACAACGAUUUUGAAAUCCUGCCGCCAGAUAUUGGGAAGCUCACAAAGUUGCAGAUACUCAGCCUUAGGGAUAACGACCUGAUCUCGCUGCCUAAGGAAAUCGGGGAGCUUACUCAGCUUAAGGAGCUCCACAUUCAGGGGAACCGCCUGACCGUUCUGCCCCCAGAACUCGUCUCUACGGCAGACACAUGCAGGCAAAUCCGGAACCACCGAAGAAAAAUAAUGACAAAUCCAAAAAGAUCAGCCGGAAACCCCUGGCGGCCAAGAAUAAAUAAGGGGUUGGCAUGGCCUGGACUUGCGGUUGCUUUUCUCAUUAUUGCUUCUGUUCUCUCUUGCUCUGUCCCACAAAUAAUCACAGUUAGCCCUUGAACACGGAUUUGAACUGAGCGGGUCCACUUAUAUGCAGAAUUUCUUCAAUAAAUACUAUAAAUGUAUUUUUCUUACGAUUUUCUUAAUGAGAUUUUUUUUCUUUAACUUUAUUAUAAGAAUACAGUAUAUAAUACACAUGCCAUAUAGAAUAUGUGUUAAUAAACUGUUUAUGUUAUCAGUAAGGCCUGGUCAAUAGUAGGUUAUUAGUAUUAAGUUUUGGGGGAGUCAGAAGUUACACCUGGAUUUUCAGCUGCUUGAGGAUUGUGGGGGUUGGCACUUUCCUUCCUAGUGCUUACCACCUUACCUUUUAAUUUAUUUUGGUAGGUGGUAGAUUUUUAUAAGUUCUUAAAACCAUUUCCAUUUGUUUCCUUAAAAUUACCAAGGCAGGAAACAAAGCUCUAAUUCAACUGCAAAUUCCAUAGUAAGCACAGGUUUCAGUUCCCUGAAUAGAUGUUCACAAAGCUGCUUAUUUUCCAAAGAAUAAUUAAAUCAUGUAAUCAUUUAAAUGUCACAGUUAACACUGUUCACUCUUCUGUUUAUUCACAUAACUUAUUCUUUUGCUUUAUUAAAAAUGUUCCUUCACCACCGAGAGAUUAUGUUAACUUACAGAUGAUUUUAAUAAAAUCUUGAAUUUGUAUCACGUGUUGCUUCUUGAAUAAUGAACAAUCUGACUUUGAGUGUAUACACCUUUUUCCCCCAACGUUUUCUUGUCCACUUUUAUUGGGUAUAAAUAAUAAACUCUGAAACUUUCCAUGAAAUAAAUACAAAAUUGGAGCUA